ACAGGAGGAGCCAUGGCUAACAGGGGACCCAGCUACGGGCUGAGCAAGGAGGUGCAGGAGAAGAUAGAGCUGAAGUAUGAUCUGGAGCUGGAGGCCCGGCUGCUGGACUGGAUCGUAGCUCAGUGUGGAGGGAACCUGGAGAGACCACAGCCAGGCAGACAGAACUUCCAGACCUGGCUGAUGGAUGGAACAGUGAGUCUGAAUGAGAAUGAACAAGCUCAAUAAGAUUAACUGAUUGACUGGACCGCAGUCAGUGAUAUAAUAAUAAUAUAAUAAUAAUAUGCCAUUUAGCAGACGCUUUUAUCCAAAGCGACUUACAGUCAUGCGUGCAUACAUUUUUUUUUUUUGUGUAUGGGUGGUCCCGGGGUUCGAACCCACUACCUUGGCGUUACAAGCGCCGUGCUCUACCAGCUGAGCUACAGAGGACCACAUAUAGAACGACCGCUUAUAUAAGCUAACAAUGACACCAAUUUAUGUCCUCUGCCUUUUUCUUUGUCUCUCUCUCUUUUCAUUGAUCAAUCUCUUCCUUUCUACCUCUCUACUUCUCUUCUUUAUCCAUGUAUCUGUAUUCUUCUUCCUCCCUCUUCCUCCUCCUCCUCCCUGUAGAUUCUGUGUAGGCUCAUCAAUAGCCUGUACCCGCGUGGUAAUGAGCCCAUCAAGAAGAUUCUGGAGACCCAGAUGGCCUUUAAGCAGAUGGAGAAGAUCUCCCAGUUCUUGCAGGCUGCCGAGGUCUACGGAGUAAUGACCACAGACAUCUUCCAGACCGUGGACCUGUGGGAAGGUGGGCUGCACGUUCACUGGCACAUAUAAAGUCUCCAUAAAUCCAUGUGACAUUGACAUGCUUCUCCAAUGACGCCGAGUCACACACUCGUGUCUCUGCUGAGCUGUCUGCCUGUACAUUACCAUCAAUACUCACAUUGAAUUUACAAGAGUCUUUAUAGUCCAGUAGCGGUGCAUGGGUAAAACCACUGGGGAAGCCAAGCCAGAUGAUUGUGUUGUUUGCUCUAUAACCUGUUAGUUCAUAUGCCUUACCACCAUAAUAUAUAGGCCUAAAGGCAGAGACGAUAAGAAGACACAGUGGCAGAAUAAAUUCAACCACACCUUUUGUUUCAUCACAAAACCGGAGAGCAACAUCAGUCCGGUGAAGUCCACGAAGCAUAUUGCAUGUAAAAAAACAAACAGUUACAUGACCUACUGCAUGGUCAAUCAACUUAAUGUUUCCAACAUUUUCGGACUACUAAACACCAGAGAGUUACAGCAAGUCGCAAAGAAAACAGGGUCUGCCUCCACUAUUCCAGCACCAUUUCAACUUCAACAUUUCAACAUCAUCAAAUCACCUAUACUUAGUCUAAAACAGUGACAACUAAAAGAUACCAAAACCGAUUUAGUCCAAUCAACAUAAGCUAAAUAUCAUGUGGCUGUCCAUGGGACUGAUUUCUGUGUGUGUGUGCUCGUGCAUGCGUAGAAAAAACACGUUGACUCACCCUACUUGUAGAGAAAUGCAAAUGCCAUCCUCCUCUCUUUCAUGUUGCCAAUACAACCUAUCACUCUGUCAUAUAGUACACGCUUUUAGUUUUUGUUGUCCUUGGCUACCUGACUAAAAUGCUUGCUCACUAGCCUAACUUCCGUUCAUGGGCAACGAUUAGCCAGCUAGUUAACAUUAGCCUACUACAUCUAGCUACAUAUUGAACUUCCAUUUUCUCAGGCCAGGGGCACAAUGUAUACAUUGAUGGUUGGAUCAGAAUCGCAUUAUAAUCAUUGGCCAGUACGGAGAAUUAAGUAAAACCACAAGUCCAAAUCCCUGUCUCCAUCCAUGGCUAAAAUGAUGUUUUAGCUUUUGAUGUGAUUGGUGUGAAGUCAAAUCCAAAACUGGCUUCCCUUGACACUUUUUUUGGGGGGGGGGUGCGCCAGGACCAUGCACAGUUGAGCUCACUCAGUUUAACUCAACGCUAAUUGGCUAAUAUUGUAUACAUUUUUUAUCAAGGGAGGCCAAAUUCUCGCUGUCUUCCCUUGCAUUCAAUGCUACGGGCGGCAACAAUAUCAUACUCUUUUUGACCAGACAGCAUCAGAUAGAUGGGUUACACAUACAGAGACAGAGGGGCGCUGUUUCUCUCGCUCGGAUGCUUUCUCCAGUGAGAUACAUUCAACCUCUUGUGAAUUGAAGGAAAAUUAUUAAACACAGAGAGACAAAAUAUAUAUUAUAUAUUUUUUUCUUAGUCAAUUAUUUGGUGAAUCCUGGCAUAUCUUGGCAUCCAUGAAUACACACCACUGUUAUAGUCAUCUAUACAGGUCAUACAUACUCCCAUGGAAACAUUUCAAAUAUUUUUUGACACAUUACUCAAGAGGUAGCUCUGUUUGUAGUUAGUUUUAUUUGGAACCUGUUUGCCUAUUUGAUACCCUGCCUGUUCUUUGCUGUCUGGAUGGGGUCCAGUGUUUGUGAGGUUCUGUUCUGUUAUGGUUACAGGGCAGGACAUGGCCGCGGUGCAGAGAACCCUGAUGGCCCUAGGAAGUGUUGCCCUCACCAAGGACGACGGACAUUACCGUGGCGACCGAGACUGGUUCCACAGGUAAGGACUGGCCACGACCCCUUAAUUGGGAAACUCUGUGAAAGUGUUAUCUGAAUGUUGUGUGAGUGUUCUACAUCUCAACUCUCCUGUCUGUCCUGGUCUGUGUAGGAAAGCUCAGGGUUACCGGCGGGAGUUCUCUGAGGACCAGCUUCGUCAGGGCCAGAGUCUGAUUGGUCUACAGAUGGGCAGCAACCGCGGGGCCUCUCAGUCCGGCAUGACGGGCUACGGAUCGCACCGACAGAUCAUGUAG